AUGAAUGGGACAUCAGUACUAUUAGAAUGUGCACCUGGCUUUUGGUUUGACGUAAAUAACGAUUGGUGCGAUUUACCGGAAAAUGUCGAGCCAGGUCCAGGUUGUGCUGCAACCACAACGACAACACCAUUACCAGGCACUCCUUGCACAUGUACGGAGUCAAGCUGUCCGCAUACAACCACUACACCUUUACCGGGAAGCGAUGAGUCAGACUCUGAUGAAGAUAGUGCUGAUGACUCAGAUGAAGAUACAACUUGCACAUGUACAGAGUCCAGCUGCCCACAUAUCACUACUACGCCAACACCAUGUACCUGUUCAGACUCAUCGGAAUGUACUCAUACGACGCCUUUACCAGGAAGCGACGAAUCGGAUUCCGAUGAUUCAAAUAGUUCCGAUGACUCAAAUUCUGAUGACUCGGAUUCCAAUGAAGAUGCAACUUGCACAUGUACAGAGUCCAGCUGCCCACAUAUCACUACUACGCCAACACCAUGUACCUGUUCAGACUCAUCGGAAUGUACUCAUACAACUCCUCUGCCAGACAGUGAAGAAACUGAAUCUGACGAUGAAAUCACAACUUGUACUUGUUCCGACUCAUCGGAAUGUACUCAUACCACUCCUCUGCCAGACAGUAAAGAGUCAGAAGAGGACACUACUUGCACAUGUUCCGAUUCAUCGGAAUGCACUCAUACUACUCCUCUUCCAGACAGUGAAGAAACUGAAUCUGACGAUGAAAUCACAACUUGUACUUGUUCCGAUUCAUCGGAAUGCACUCAUACGACUCCUCUGCCAGACAGUAAAGAGUCAGAUGAGGAUACUACUUGCACAUGUUCCGAUUCAUCGGAAUGCACUCAUACUACUCCUCUUCCAGACAGUGAAGAAUCUGAAUCAGAUGAUGAAAGCACAACUUGCACAUGUUCUGACUCAUCGGAAUGUACUCAUACGACUCCUUUGCCAGACAGUAAAGAGUCAGAUGAGGAUACUACUUGCACAUGUUCCGAUUCAUCGGAAUGCACUCAUACUACUCCUCUUCCAGACAGUGAAGAAUCUGAAUCAGAUGAUGAAAGCACAACUUGUACUUGUUCCGAUUCAUCGGAAUGCACUCAUACGACUCCUCUGCCAGACAGUGAAGAAACUGAAUCUGACGAUGAAAUCACAACUUGCACAUGCUCCGACUCAUCGGAAUGUACGCAUACCACUCCUCUGCCAGACAGUAAAGAGUCAGAUGAGGAUACUACAUGCACAUGUUCGGACUCAUCAGAAUGUACUCAUACCACUCCUCUGCCAGAUAGUGAAGAAACUGAAUCUGACGAUGAAAUCACAACUUGCACAUGCUCCGACUCAUCGGAAUGUACGCAUACCACUCCUCUGCCAGACAGUAAAGAGUCAGAUGAGGAUACUACUUGCACAUGUUCGGACUCAUCAGAAUGUACUCAUACCACUCCUCUGCCAGAUAGUAAAGAGUCAGAUGAGGAUGUGACUUGCACAUGCUCCGACUCAGCGGAAUGUACUCAUACUACUCCUCUUCCAGAUAGUAAAGAGUCAGAUGAGGAUGCUACUUGCACUUGCUCCGACUCAUCGGAAUGUACUCAUACUACUCCUCUGCCAGAUAGUAAAGAGUCAGAUGAGGAUGCUACUUGCACAUGCUCCGACUCAUCGGAAUGUACUCAUACUACUCCUCUGCCAGAUAGUAAAGAGUCAGAUGAGGAUGCUACUUGCACUUGCUCUGACUCAGCGGAAUGUACUCAUACCACUCCUUGCACAUGCUCCGACUCAUCGGAAUGUACACAUACCACUCCUCUGCCAGAUAGUGAAGAGUCAGAUGAGGAUGUGACUUGUACAUGCACGGAGUCUAGCUGUCCGCACAUAACUACUACACCAACACCAUGUACUUGCACAGAGUUAACUUGUCCCCAUACUACAACAACGCCGUUGCCAGAUGACUCCACUUGCACAUGCACAGAAUCGAGCUGUCCGCAUAUAACGACUACCCCUGAUCCAACUCCUGUAUGUCCACCAGAAAACGAUCCCGAUAAUAUUGUUUACAUUCCCAGCAAAGAAGAUUGUGAAAAAUACUACAUAUGCUACAGUGGCGAACCACUUCCAUUUUGGUGCGCUUCAGGUACUCAUUGGAAUGCUGCUUACAAUCAGUGUGACUUCCCGGAAGUCGCUAAUUGUACAAUAGUCUAAAAGUUACUUUCAUUCUCUGACUGCACCUAAGUUUUAGGUUCAUUGUUUAAAGUGAAAUAUAUUUGAAAUUGAGA